AUGGAAAACGUGAAGUCUGGUGAUAACGUACUAAUUAUUUGGAAUAACGACAACCAAAGCAGCAUCAGUAAUUUGGUGGAAGAAAUAAAAUCGAUCAUUGGAAAUGGAUCAGUUGCCCUCGAAAACUCUGAAAUGAUAACAGAAUCUUCCAGACCUUCGUCUUCAUAUGAGGCUGUGAUAUCAAACUGGUUGUCCCCACACACAGUGAAACACACUGACAAUAUCUUAGCCAUAAUCGUGAAACUCCUCAAGCCCAGUGGUAAAUUAAUUCUCAAAGAUACAACAGAUUUGACCAGUACCCUUAAGUUAAAUGGAUUCAUUAAUGUCACAAAGUCUUCAGACAAUUUAUAUUUAGCUGAGAAACCUAAAUUUGAGGUUGGUUCCAAAGCCUCUUUGAAACUAAAUGGAAAGCCCGCUGUAUGGAAAAUAGACGACACGGUUGAAGAAGCUUGGACCGGUGGUAACGAUGAUGACCUCAUUGAUGACAGUGAGCUGUUAGAUGAAGAUGAUCUGAAGAAACCAGACCAGCAGUCCUUAAGAGUUUGCGCAACGACCGGCAAGCGGAAAGCGUGUGCUGAUUGUUCGUGUGGUCUGGCUGAGGAGCUCAAAGGAGAAGUCAAGGAUACACCGAAAUCUUCUUGUGGAAGCUGUUACCUCGGCGACGCGUUCCGCUGUGCGACGUGCCCGUACCUGGGCAUGCCUGCCUUCAAACCCGGCGAGAAAGUGAAGCUGGAUCUCAACUCCGACAUAUGA